UUCUUUUGAUAAAGAAUAGGCUGAACACUUGAAAAUCAGAUUUUUCAAUUCGCUCUCUAAUUUUAUUCCAUUUGUUUAAUGAGAACCAAUUUUUGGUUACAGACAACAAAUUGGUUAAAAAUCACAUAAUCCAAUUCUUUAAGAUAUUAUUAGAUGGCAGCACGUUUUUAAUCUGUGAUGUUAUUAUUUUUUACUGGUUUCUGGAUAACUUUUGAAUUGAUAACUUGGCGGUAAACCAUGCAGGGCACGCAACAUCGACCUGAACAAAUCUCCCAACAACAGGAGGAGGAGGAAGACGACUCUGAAUUAGGUUUCCAUAAGGUCAAUAAAUUACAGGGAAAUGGAAUCACUCCUGGUGAUAUUAAAAAAUUAAUUGAAGCGGGUUUCGCUACUGUCGAGUCGAUUGCAUUUGCUGCUAAAAAAAAUCUCAUAACUGUCAGAGGUAUCAGUGAAACUAAGGCUGAUAGGCUGUUGGCUGAUGCUCAAAAAGUAGUUCCAAUUGGUUUUACUACGGCCAAGGAAUUUCACAAAAGAAGAUCAGAUAUUAUUACAAUUACCACUGGCUCUAAGGAAUUGGACAAAUUAUUAGGAGGUGGGUUUGAAACUGGUGCCAUUACAGAGCUAUUCGGAGAGUUUAGAACAGGAAAAUCCCAAAUAUGUCACGCGUUAGCUGUUACAUGCCAGUUGCCGAUAGAAAUGGGUGGUGCGGAAGGAAAAGCAAUGUACAUAGAUACUGAGGGUACUUUCAGACCUGAAAGACUUCUUGAUUGUGCCGCUCGAUACAAAUUAGAAGGAGGUGAUGUGCUUGAUAAUGUUGCUUAUGCUCGAGCAUAUAAUACUGAUCAUCAAAUGCAACUAGCCAUUCAAGCAGCUGUGAUGAUGUCUGAGUCAAGAUAUGCUCUUCUAAUAGUCGACAGUGCCACGGCACUAUACAGAACUGAUUAUUCUGGAAGAGGUGAAUUAGCUGCUAGACAAAUGCAUAUGGCUAAAUUUUUGCGACUACUUCAGAGAUUAGCAGAUGAAUUUGGUAUAGCGGUAGUCAUUACUAAUCAAGUCGUUGCUUCUGUUGAUGGUGGGGCGGGAAUGUUUUGUGCUGAUCCCAAAAAGCCAAUCGGUGGUAAUAUUAUAGCUCAUGCUUCGACAACUCGUUUAUAUCUUCGUAAGGGACGUGGUGACUCUCGAAUAUGUAAAAUUUAUGAUUCUCCCUGUCUUCCAGAAUCUGAAGCCACUUUCGCCAUUACUGCUGAGGGGAUUGAAGACACUAAAGAAAAUGAUUAAUUUGUUUUUCUAUCAAAAAUCAGUUUAAUCAAGUCAUUGCUUAACAUUGUUCACAAUGCUGUUUAGAUGUUGCACAUUUUUUAAAAAAUUUUCUUCUCCGUGACAUUGUACCUUUCAUCAUGGUUAAGGUGGUAUUUAAACUUCUCUUAUAAUAUUUCUCCAACGCACGUUUUCUAAACAUCCUGAUCAAAUAAUUGUUUUAGUCAACCAGGCUAAUUUAAUCCGGAGAUUACAUUCCUUCUAUCAAUUCCGGCGAUAGGGCAAUUUUCAAAUUUUGUAAAUCUCGUUCCAGACUACUUGUCAAUUCAAAUGGUUAUAAAGGAAAAGUUAUAUUUUAUAUUGACGUAGCACCGAAUCAAUAAACGAUAAAUCUCUUUUUUA